GCUAGCUCAAUCCGAGAACCGACUCAGAUGAUUACAUAAAUACCCUCCGACCUCUCUCUCUCUCCCAAAAUCUCAGAAACCCUUAAAACCCCGUCUCGCUCACCCAAUUCAAUCCCUACAAAAACCAUCCCCCUCGCAUUUGUAAAACCCUAAUUCGGCAAUGACGAAGGUCUACGGCACCGGCGCGUACGAUUUCAAGCGCCACCACGUGGCCGAGUACCCGGUCCAGCUCGGCGACAAGCCGGUCGAGGCCAAGCCCGGCGGGGCCCUCCCGAACGCAAUUACCUUGUCUGAGAUUCAGCGGGACGAGCUCACCAUGAUCGCCGCCGCCAACUGGUCCAAGGCCGGCGACGCGAAGAAGAGUCCGCCGCCGUUCGAUGCGGAGCUGGUGAAGACGAUUUACGAGACGGAGCUGACUGUGAAGGAGGGGCAGAGGAAGACGGUGCCGUUGCAGAGAGUGAUGAUUUUGGAGGUCAGCCAGUACUUGGAGAACUAUCUGUUUCCUAAUUUCGACGCCGAAACGGCGACCUUUGAGCAUGUUAUGUCCAUGAUUCUUAUGGUGAAUGAGAAGUUUCGAGAGAAUGUGGCAGCUUGGGUGUGCUUUUAUGACCGGAAAGACGCCUUUAAGGGAUUCCUUGGCAGGGUUCUUCGGCUUAAAUCGGAAAGAGAACUAAGUAUAGCAGAGAAGACAAAUUAUCUAGUAUUCAUGAUAAAUGCCUUUCAGAGUCUGGAAGAUGAGAUAGUCAGUGAGACUGUCCUUAGGUUGGCAAGUUUUCAAUCCUGGCACAGUUUGUCGUAUGGUCGUUUUCAGAUGGAGCUCGGUUCAAAUUCUGAUUUGAUCAAGAAAUGGAGAAGGAUGAUAAAGAGGGAAGCCGCAAAACAUGGAGAUUCUUUUAACCCAUCAACUGCACUUGAAGUACAGUUCUUAAGAAACCUCAUUGAAGAGUUCCUGGAGAUACUUGAUUCCAAAGUUAUACCGCAAAAUCAUGGUGUCAACAGAGAAGAUCAAUUUCUUGAUGCUAAUGGAACAGAACACAUUGAUGAUGCUUGUGUUUUGUACUGUGAGAGGUUUAUGGAAUUUCUCAUUGACCUCUUAAGCCAACUGCCCACAAGGAGGUACUUGAGGCCACUUGUUGCUGAUGUUGCUGUUGUUCCCAAGUGCCACUUGAGUGCUUUGUAUAGACAUGAAAAGGGGAAGCUCUUUACUCAACUUGUUGACUUGCUGCAGUUUUAUGAAGGAUUUGAGAUUAAUGAUAAUGUUGGGAAACAACUUACCGAUGAUGAAGUGCUCCAAUCUCAUUACGAUCGCGUGCAAUCCUUCCAGCUGCUUGCUUUUAAAAAGAUUCCUAAGUUGCAAGAGCUUGCAUUAGCUAACAUUGGUUCAAUUGACAACCGAAAUGAUCUCACUAAGAGACUGUCUGUACUUUCUCCUGAAGAAUUAAAGGAUUUGGUCUGUUCAAAGUUGAAACUGAUUUCAAAGAAUGAUCCGUGGUCAUCCAGGAUUGAUUUCCUUACUGAAGUGAUGGUUUCCUUUUUCAAGAGGCAACAGUCUCAAAAAGAAAAAAUAAAUGCUCUUCCACUGUAUCCAAAUGAGCUGAUCAUGUGGGAUGAAAGCCUCGUACCAAGCAUUAAUUACUCUGGAGAAGGUUGUCUGGCUCUUCCAAAACUUAAUUUACAAUUCUUGACGCUGCAUGAUUAUCUCCUCAGAAAUUUUGAUCUCUUCCGUCUUGAAUCAACAUAUGAGAUUCGUGAGGAUAUUCAGGAGGCUGUGCCACAUCUUAAUGCCUGCAUUAAUAGUGAGGGAGAAACUGCUUUCCGUGGUUGGUCAAGAAUGGCUGUGCCGAUUAAAGAAUUUAAGAUCAGUGAGGUAAAACAGCCAAAUAUUGGAGAAGUUAAGCCAGCUGCUGUGACAGCAGAAAUCACUUUUAGUAUUUCCAGCUAUAAAGCACAGGUACGAUCAGAAUGGAAUGCUCUUAAAGAGCAUGAUGUAUUAUUUUUACUUUCUAUACGCCCCUCCUUUGAGCCUCUUAGCGCAGAAGAGGGUGCUAAGGCAAGUGUGCCUCAGAGGCUUGGUCUUCAAUAUGUACGGGGCUGUGAAAUUAUUGAGGUUCGUGAUGAGGAAGGAACUCUAAUGAAUGAUUUCACUGGAAGAAUCAAACGGGAUGAGUGGAAGCCUCCAAAAGGAGAAUUGAGAACUUUAACUGUUGCUUUGGAUACUGCACAAUACUACAUGGAUGUCAGCAACACUGCUUCAAAGGGUGCAGAAGAUGUUUAUGGGACAUUCAAUAUUUUGAUGAGGAGAAAGCCCAAGGAAAACAAUUUCAAAGCAAUUUUAGAAUCCAUUAGAGAUCUUAUGAAUGAAUAUUGUAUCGUCCCUGACUGGUUGCACAAAACAUUUCUGGGCUAUGGUAAUCCCUCUGCCGCACAAUGGACUAAUAUGCCAGAUCUUCUAGAAACGGUAGAUUUUAAAGAUACCUUCCUUGAUGCAGACCAUCUGAAGGAAUGUUUUCCAGACUAUCAGGUUUCCUUUGUUAGUUCAGAUGGUAGAGAAAAUAUGGAUCCAAGGCCUCCUUUUCGAAUAAGGCUUCCUAAGGCGAUCACAAGCAGCACUAAUGCUCUUCCAGGCAAUAAGAAAGCAAAGAUUAGUUCUGUGACUGAUAAGGAGAAAGACAAAUUUGUUGUUGAGGCAUACACCCCUCCUGACCCAGGUCCUUAUCCCCAAGACCAGCCAAGGCAGAACUCAGUUAGAUUUACGCCCACUCAGGUUGGAGCGAUCCUCUCAGGUAUUCAGCCAGGACUAACAAUGGUUGUGGGACCACCUGGUACGGGAAAGACUGAUACAGCUGUGCAAAUUCUGAAUGUUCUCUAUCAUAAUUGUCCAUCUCAGAGAACUUUGAUAAUCACUCACUCGAACCAGGCUCUGAAUGACCUUUUUGAAAAGAUAAUGCAGAGGGAUGUACCUGCACGCUAUCUUCUUCGACUUGGGCAAGGAGAACAAGAGCUAGCAACUGAUCUUGACUUCAGUCGGCAAGGCCGUGUCAAUGCCAUGCUUGUGAGGAGGUUAGAGUUGCUUAGUGAAGUGGAGAGGCUGGCAAGAUCUCUCCAAUUGCCUGAGGAUGUUGGUUAUACAUGUGAAACUGCUGGAUACUUUUGGUUGCUUCAUGUAUACUCGCGUUGGGAGCAAUUUUUGGCUGCUUGUAACGAUAAUAGAAAUAUACAGUCAUUUGUCAAAGAUCGAUUUCCCUUUAAGGAAUUCUUCUCCAAUGCACCAAAGCCAGUUUUUACUGGCGAGUCAUUUGAGAAAGAUAUGCGGGCGGCUAAAGGUUGCUUUCAUCAUCUGAAGACUGUGUUUCAGGAGCUUGAAGAGUGUAGGGCCUUUGAGUUGCUGAAGUCCACAGCUGAUCGAGCAAACUACUUGAUGACAAAGCAGGCAAAGAUAGUAGCCAUGACAUGCACUCACGCAGCUUUGAAGAGGAAGGAUUUUCUUCAGCUAGGUUUCAAGUAUGAUAACUUGCUGAUGGAAGAAAGUGCUCAAAUUUUGGAGAUCGAAACUUUUAUUCCAAUGUUGCUCCAGAGACAGGAAGAUGGUUAUGCACGGCUUAAACGUUGCAUCUUGAUUGGUGAUCAUCACCAAUUGCCUCCUGUUGUCAAGAAUAUGGCCUUUCAGAAGUAUAGCCACAUGGACCAGAGUCUCUUUACAAGGUUUGUUCGUUUGGGCAUUCCUUAUAUUGAACUUAAUGCCCAGGGUAGGGCAAGGCCAAGUAUAGCCAAACUUUACAACUGGAGGUAUAGAGAAUUGGGAGACCUUCCUUAUGUAAAGGAAGAUACCAUUUUCAAUAGAGCAAAUGCUGGAUUCUCCUUUGAAUAUCAGUUGGUAGAUGUACCAGAUUACCAUGAUAGAGGUGAGUCUGCCCCAUCACCGUGGUUCUACCAAAAUGAGGGAGAAGCUGAAUAUGUUGUCAGUGUGUAUAUCUACAUGCGUCUACUUGGCUACCCUGCGAGCAAGAUAUCUAUAUUGACCACUUAUAAUGGCCAAAAGCUUUUAAUCCGUGAUGUUAUCAACAGACGAUGCGCUCCAUAUGACUUCAUAGGCCCUCCCAGCAAGGUUACAACAGUUGACAAAUUUCAGGGUCAGCAAAAUGAUUUUAUAUUGCUCUCUCUGGUGCGUACUCGUUUUGUGGGUCACCUUCGUGAUGUUAGGAGAUUGAUUGUGGCCAUGUCUCGUGCCCGAUUGGGUCUUUAUGUGUUUUGCCGCCGGUCUUUGUUUGAGCAAUGCUAUGAACUUCAGCCUACAUUCCAACUUUUACUUCAGAGACCUGAUCGCCUUGCUCUGAAUUUUAAUGAGACUACACCACACACAGAACGUCACGUUGAAGAAACAGGGCAUGUCCAUCUUGUGAGCAGCGUUGAUGAGAUGAUCAGUAUCUACCAGCAGCUUUAUGUGGUUAAGUUUCAUCAGUAUGUGGCUCCUAUUCAGCAGACCUCUAUGUCUGGGCAGGAUCCUAUGGAUGCAGAUGCUCCUGUAUCUGCUGAUGGGGUGCUAGAAUCAGAACUGGAUAUGAAUGGCCGAAAAGUGGACUCAUCGAUUGAGAAUCAACCAAAUGGGCCGACAGAAAUGGAAACUAGCCUGAAUGAUGCCCAUGUGGCUCCCGAAAGCAAUUUGGACAAAGAGAGAACGGAAGAGUAGUCUGCCCAGUAGUGGGGUUUGUUGUGCUUGGUUGCUAUAUAGAACUCGAAUUCUGUUUCUUGUGUGUUUCGAUGAAAACCAGAUUAAUCUGACUUAGUAGCUACUAGCUAGAGCUGACUUAUGAGGGCUAGCCAGCGACACUUGAGUUUUGUCACUGUGAGAUGGAAAGGACUAAAUUGAGAGAAUGUUGUGUACAGAAGAUUUAACCCAAAAAUUCAUGUACUAAAAUUGAUACUUGUUUAUGGUU